GAGAGAGAGAGAGAAAGAGGCAGAGCGAGGGACUGCAAGAAAAGUUAUCUGAGCUCAGAGCGCUCACAAAUCACUUUGUCACCAGCAAGCUCUGACAAGCACCAGGAGGGAGAGCGCACAACAGAGAGGCAGAGUUAAAUAGAGGUGUGAAUAGGGAGUUGUGUCAGUGGAGACUCGAAGGGAGAAGGUGUGAAGGAGCUGUAGAGGGCAUAAAUGAGGUGAUACCGAUGGAUGGAUAGAGACAAGAGAGGACAGAGACUACGAUCCAACUCCCAAAACAUCGCAAAGAUAAGAGGGACUGUUACUUCUGCUACUGCUGUCGUUGCUGCUGCUGCGUCUGGAUGGUUCACUCAUUUAAAGAGAAGGUGUGUCAAACUCUAAUAUCUGUUACUGGAGGACAGCGUUUCAUUGACACUGACAUUUUGAGGUUCCGAUAGCGGACCUGCUUGAGCUAUUUUAAUCUCAGACUUUGGUACAUAGAGAGCAUAACACUAUCAUACUAUCAUGUUUGAGAAUGAAGAGACUGAUAGAGAGACAGCUGCUCUGUCUGUGAAGUAGACAUGAGUCGCAGGCGUUGAAAGCAAUUUCUGGUGUACUGCAGCUGUACACAGAUCACAUGUUGUUAUUGGGAAAAAAGAGGUAGUCAGAGCAGAGAGCAAGACACGUUCAUAAAGUCUUAGGGGCAUGCACCGGUUCGUGAUUGGUGUUGAAUAAGUUGGGUAAUUACAUUUUUUUUAAGCACCAUUCCUUCCAUUCACUUUAGAUAUUUGAUUAGCUCUGGGCUGACUCAAAAAGCCCCCCCGAGAGUUUUAUCUGGGCUGUAAAGGAAGCCAGAGGUCAUCUGAUCAAACUUCAAAAACAGAGAAAUAGGAAGGCCAUUUUUUCACUUUAGGCACAGGACAUUGCAUUGCUAUUUUCUCUUCCUUAGAGACUAACUAAGAGAGGGCCUAUCUGUCACUAAUUCCAUACAGAACAGCUCUGAAUGAUCUGUGAAGAGACCCUGUUGGCCAAACAAGACAGGAAGCAGUGCCAGAUUAAAAGCUUCAGUCUCAGAUAGUAAGUGAGUUGGACUCUGCCAACACCAAACUUCACUUUGCUGAGUGUUGUACAGCUUCUCUCACAUUCGCUCAGCUGGCCUCGGGGGACAUGUAAUGAGAGACUGCUUGGUGAGCAUUACAGCACUGAGCUGACACGUGGAGGAGUAUAUACCGCUCUGCUCUGAAUGAGACGGGAUUUAAUCUAAUAUUGCUGGCCGAGGCUUGAAAACAUAUCGAUGACAAGUUGGUCUGUAAGUACAAAACCACGUCUGUUGACUAUCUGAUUGUUUGGGGCUGAUGGGAGCUGCAGAGGCCUUCUGAGUCUCGGGGGCACUGGCUGCGUGCACGUUUGGAUGGAAUCUUUUAGCAUUUGACAGCUUCACUCUGGACUCACUUCAGAGUCUGGGACGUCAUUGUGUUACCUGUGUGGCUGAGUCAGAGGCUGGCUCAUCACUCGAUGUCUGUCCGCCCACUGGGAUUCUCUCAAUCUGACUUUGUGCAAAGAAGACACAAGAGUUAGGUGGUUUUCACAGCAGCAGCGACAGCUGUGGCACCAGUAGUCGUGAAUUUUCAGGACUCUCCACACUGCUGUAAUUGUUCUGUCGUGUGUAAACACCUUGCGUCAGUCACACCUCUCCACGGAGUGAUUCACUGUUCCCUACACAUCCCCAGUUAGAGGCAGGUAUUGAAAGAAAGGUGAGGGAGAAUUUGCUAAAGCCCAGAGCGCAUAAGUGGCUGCACUGUCCGGCUGUCACCAUGAAACUGGGAUUCUUGAUGCUGGUGGUUGUGUACACCGUGGGCAACGUAAGCAGUAUGUCUACGUGUAAGACUGUGGACUUGGAGAUGGUGAAGAAGAAGCGCAUCGAGGCCAUUAGGAGCCAGAUCCUCAGCAAACUGCGAUUGCCGAAAGCGCCCGAGCCGGAUCAGGCUGGAGAUGAUGAGAACAUCCCGACCAACCUGCUGUCACUCUACAACAGCACCAAGGAGAUGCUGAAGGAGCAGCGGACCGAUGUCCAGGUAGACAUCGCCACCGAGCAGGAAGAGGAGGAGUACUUCGCCAAAGUGCUACACAAGUUCAACAUGACCAAAAAAAACGACACAGACACCACACAGAAGUCCAAAAUCAUCCCGAUGUUCUUCAGCAUCUCGGAGAUACGGCAAAGUGUGGGGGAUUACCGCCUGCUGACCACCGCAGAGAUACGGAUGCUCAUCAAGAACCCCAGGAUUGACGUUGAGCAGCGAGUGGAGCUGUACUAUGCUCAGGGAAACUCGACCCGAUACCAUGAUUCCCGCUUCAUCACAAAUGAACUGAAAGACAAAUGGGUGUCUUUUGACGUCACUGAACCCCUGCGGGACUGGCUCAAAGGGACCGAGGAUGAGCGGAGCUUCCAACUUCGAGUGUAUUGCGAAUGUGGCCAGGCCGGUACUGACUUCAAAUUCAGCAUCUCUGGGACUGGGGCCGGCCGAGGAGACACGGAAAUUUUAGUAAAGAUGACGCAACAACCACCGUACAUCCUGACCAUGUCAAUCCCUCAAAGCACCGCCAGCCACCCCAUCUCACGCAAGAGACGCUCCACAGAGACGAGGGAUACCUGCACAGCCCAAACAGAGACCUGCUGCGUGCGGAGCUUGUACAUCGACUUCAGGAAAGAUCUGGGCUGGAAGUGGAUACACAAGCCGACGGGAUACCACGCCAACUACUGCAUGGGAUCUUGCACCUACAUCUGGAAUGCUGAAAAUAAAUAUUCUCAGAUUUUGGCUCUGUAUAAGCAUCACAACCCAGGAGCGUCUGCCCAGCCCUGCUGUGUUCCCCAGGCACUGGAGCCUCUGCCAAUCCUCUACUACGUGGGCAGGCAACACAAGGUGGAGCAGCUGUCCAAUAUGAUUGUGAAGUCCUGCAAGUGUAGCUAAAGACUCAACGUGGCACACUGCUCUGGGUCCUCUCAAAGCACACAGGGAUGGAACAAGGGAUGCAUGAGACUACAGAGAAGAGCACGAGAUAAAGAAGAAGAGAUAAUGUGGACAAGGGGAACAGCAUAUUUAAAAACCAUCAGGAACCCCGGGUUUUCUCCUGCAAGCUCUGCCAUUAUCACAGUGGACAUACAUGAAAUCAUGGACUUCUUUUUUAUAGAUGUUAGUGAUUACAUUGUUUGUUUGUUUUUUAAUGUAUAUACUUUUUCCUUGCAAAAAUAUCUGCCUGUAAAUGACUUAAUUUAUUUGCUGGAUGGACAGAUCUGUUAAGAAGUGACACACAUGUAAAAGUGUGUGACAUUAAAAAAAAAAAAAAAAAAGGAUUUAAAUGAUAUGUUAUAAUCAAAAAAGUUGAACAAAGAAAAACAAAACAAAACACGAGGACCAAAAUGACCUUCACGGAAGAACUUUUGUUUUCAGUUGAUUGCCUCGGACAUUUCCAGUCACCACCACAACACUUUCCAAAAGCGGUUAUAAUAAAAGGUGCUAUUUCCCAGGUGGAGAGCUGUGGUUGUUGGGGUUUUCCUGGAAGAUAACGCUGCAGGUGUUUUUGAAAGGAGCUGCAUCGUAAAGGACAGAAGAAAAAAAAAAAAAAAACCCACAGAGAUGGUCCAACCUGGGGAAACUCCCUCUGACUGAAAGGCUGGACUCGUCAGCCAACCGUGCAGUUCGCAGGAACCGUCCAUCAGUUUUACUUGCUUGUUUGUUUUCACAGCCCAUGUCCUUUUUUACAAUGCAUUUUUUUUUGUCAGUAUGUUUAUUAUAGAAUGUCAAAUUGUCCUAAAGCUUCCUGGUUUGUCAAAGCCAAAGGGUAAUAUCAGCGGUCAGAGUGAAGACACCAUGUUUUCUCCCUCUGAGGAUUUACAGCCAGAAUGUUGUCUUUAUAUGGUGAAGGUCAGGGGAUGUGGUUGUGGUGUUGGUUUUAGGGAAGCCAUUCAGACUUUCUUUUUUUUUUUUUUAUCGCCAUGAUAAAUUAUUGCCUUUAAUUUCACGAGGUUUCUUUCAGGAGGAAGUUUUUUUUUUUUUUAACUUUCGUCUGAAAUGUUUUUUCAUAACUCGAGAACUUUAUUCAGCUUCUACGCUCUGGGAAUAAGACCCACACAGUUUUCAGCUUUUCAAAUUUUUAUAGUGCACUUACUAUUUGAAAUUUGUAUUUGUAAAUAUUUAAAAAUGAAAUAAACAUGUUAAAUUAUCACA